UCCCUCCACUCUCUCUUCUUUCUCUCCUAUGUCCUUUGUAAAGCCUUUACUUUUGCAAAUUCUCUCAAAGUUUCUAGUUGAGUUAGUUAGAGUGUUACAGUCCUUAGUUUGGUUCAUUUUUUUCUUGUGAGGUUUGAUAGGUUCAUAAUAAUAGGAGCACUUGAAUUUGUUUUAAUACAAUGAUUCUUGAACAUAAUGGAUGUACACUGUUGAAGUGUCAUUUAACUCUUGAUAAAAAUUAUAUUGUAGACAAAAGUUUUUAUUUUUGGAUUUUUCAGAUUAUGGAUAGGUAUAGUACUCUUGGUACUUAACACAUUGUGUCUAGAAUAUUUUUCACUUUUGUUUUUUUGUUUGCUUUAGUAGUAAGGAACAUAGAAAGAUAGAUAGAAUGGGAGGGACUUCACUGCCUCCGGGUUUUCGAUUCCAUCCAACCGAUGAAGAACUGAUAGGGUAUUACCUAAAGAGAAAAGUUGAGGGACUUGAAAUUGAGCUUGAAGUUAUACCUGUGAUUGAUUUCUACAAAUUUGAUCCAUGGGAGUUGCCUGAGAAGUCUUUUCUACCGAAAAGAGACAUGGAAUGGUUUUUCUUCUGUCCACGAGAUCGCAAGUACCCAAAUGGAUCAAGGACAAAUAGAGCCACCAAAGCUGGCUACUGGAAAGCCACUGGAAAAGACAGGAAGGUUGUGUGUGAGCCCAGUCCAUUCAUUUCCACUGAGACUGUCACAGGUUACCGCAAGACCCUGGUUUUCUAUUGUGGAAGGGCUCCUUUAGGUGAUCGAACCAACUGGAUCAUGCAUGAAUAUCGCCUCAACGAUGAUCCUAGCCAAGGAUCAGAGGGUGUUUUUGCUUUGUGCCGAGUUAUUAAAAAGAAUGAGAAGGAAAAUGAUUCCCGAGGACAAGGAGGAAAGAGGGUUAGAGCUAAUGACGGGAACAAUUCCAUUUCCACCGAAGGGAAUGAGGUUUCUUGUCAGGCAAGUCAGCUGUGCAGUGGUAAUGAGAGUCACUUUUCAAGUCCUAUUGAUUUCCCAUGCAAUUUGCCUAAUAUGGCUGGAUUUGACCAAGUUUCCUCUGAUACCAAUCCUUCAACCUUCUGGCUCUCUCCUGACAUGAUUCUCGAUUCUUCAAAGGAAUACUCUCAAAUUCAAGUACAAGAUGUUGAGGGAUGUUUUCAACAGCAACAUGACUUAUCGAGUACAAUGACACCUUGGCAGUCAUUUGAACAUACCGAAAUUUCACCUUGUUCAUCCUACUCAAAUUUUAAUGCAGAAAUUGAAUUUUCUGAUGCUCUUAGUCGAAUUGGUUGCGUGUCACCUUACUUAGGACAAGGAAGCUUCAUGGACUUGCCUUAUGAAUGCUAUGAUCAAAUUCAUUCAUUCACAAACCCAAAUCAAUUCUGAAAAGAAAAAAGGAAUAAGAAUAACAUUCUCCUUCUUUUCUUGCAUUACAAGUAAAAAGAUGUUUAAGUUGGGAUCAAGCUCCAAUUUGCAGUCAAACAAAAGGGAUCUCUGAGACAACGCCUUUUAAUGUCUGUCUUUGAGCGAUGCAUAAUGAUCGAUGAGUACAAUCCCAUCGUUUGCACUAGACAUAAACUAUUAUGUCCUUAAAUUUCUCUUGACUUACUUGAUUUGUAAUUUAUUAUGUUGUGUAGGUUUCUCGGAUGGCAUCACUUUUAUAGAUUUUGUCCGAAUUUGGUUUAUAUCAGUCAUUGUAUGUGUGGUUUCAUAAAAAUAGCUUAUAUAAUGGAUGAGGGUUUAUUAUAUAUAUAUUCCUAUUGAGUAAA